UCCAUCACCGCCCGCCCACGGCAGCCAUUUCCUGUCCGGUCCUGGGCGUGUCAGGUACUCUGGUUGACAAUGGCUGACGAUCACGAGAAAGAUUUGCAGAAAUUUCUUAAAAAUGUGGAUGAAAUCACCAGUUUAAUCCAGGAGAUGAAUUCUGAUGACCCGCUUGUACAACAGAAAGCUAUCCUGGAGACAGAAAAGAGACUACGGUUUACAGAGGAAGUCCGAGAGGAGGACGGAUGCCGGACCACCCUGAACAAGACCGUGAUCAGUCCUCCACAAGCUUCCACGAAGAAUGCAGAUGAGAUAAACUCAGAAGCCUUCUUGGCAUCUAUGGAGUUGGAUGCGAAGGAACGUGCCAGGAGAAGGAGGGAAAACAAAGUCUUAGCAGAUGCCUUAAAAGAAAAGGGGAAUGAAGCCUUUGCCAGAGGCGACUACAAAGCGGCCAUCGUCUGCUACAGUGAGGGUCUGGACAAGCUGAAGGACAUGAAAGUGCUCUACACCAACCGAGCCCAGGCUUAUCUAAAACUCGGGGACUACCAGAAGGCAGUCGUGGACUGUGAGUGGGCUCUGAAGUGUGAUGAAAAAUGCACAAAAGCAUAUUUCCACAUGGGAAAAGCCCACCUGGCUCUGAAGAACUACAGUGUGGCUAGAGAGUGUUACCAGAAGAUCUUAGAAAUAAAGCCCCGGCUGCAGACCCAGGUGAAAGAUUACCUGAAUCAAGUAAAUCUCCAGGAGAAAGCAGACCUUCAAGAGAAGGAAGCCCACAGAUCACUAGAUUCAGGAAAGAACACGGCUGUGACAGUCCGGAAUCUCCUGGAGACGCUUUGCAAGCCCGAUCAGACCCCCUUGUUCUAUGCAGGGGGGAUUGAAAUCCUGACUGAAAUGAUGAAGGACGACACAGAACGCACUUUAUUCAGAACACACAACGGAUUCAGUCUCAUCAGCGAGAACGAGGUCCUAAGAAGGUGCUUUUCCAGGGCAAGAAAAGAUGCGGUGGAAGAGAUGGUGUGCCUGUCUGUCCUCAGGCUCUGGCAAGCAGUGUGCACAGGGAACGAGGAAAACCAGCGCCUGCUGCUCGAGUGCCCCGACGUGGGCCGGCUGCUGCCCUCCUUGCUGGCCACCAGGGCUCUGAGCGUCCGCCAGCAGAGCCUGGCCCUGCUGCUGCAGCUCGCCCAGACGGACCAUGGACGGAGCCUGGUCAUCAGCCACCUUGACCUGACCCGAUUGUUGGAAGCCCUGGUGUCAUUUCUCGAUUUCUCAGAUAAGGAGGCCAACUCAGCUAUGGGACUGCUCACAGACUUGGCUCUGGAAGAAAGAUUCCAAGUCUGGUUCCAGGCCAACCUUCCAGGUGUGCUCCUGGCACUCACGGGUGUUCUGAAGAGAGAUCCCCUGGUAACCAACGCCUCAGCUCUCUGCCGGUGCAUUGCCAUCAUGGGGAACCUCAGCGCUGAGGCCGCCGUCCGAAGACAGAUGUCUGCCUGUGAAGAGUUCCGGGAGGCCUGUUUGGGCCUCAUGGCCCGGUGUGAGGAGGAUGUGGACCUGUUCAGAGAGGUCUUGUACACACUCCUGGGACUCGUGAUGAAUUUGUGUCUUCAGUCCCCCAUCGUCUGUGAGGUUUGGGCCCUGGAGGUGAGCAGGAGAUGCAUGUUUCUACUGAACAGCCAAGAUGGAGGGAUCCUGACAAGAGCUGCUGGUGUCCUCAGCCGCACCCUUUCUUCCUCCCAGAAGAUUGUGGAGGAGGCCCUGAGAGCCGGAGUGGUGAAGAAGAUGAUCAAGUUCCUGAAGACAGGGGGCCAGACUGCAUCACGAUAUGCCACAAAGACACUAGCUGUCUGCACGAAUAGCUGUCACGAGGCGCGAGAAGAAGUAAUAAGACUGGAUAAAAAGUUCGGCAUUCUGAUGAAGCUGCUCAGCUCCGAGGAUGAGAUCGUGGUGGGCAACGCCGCCCUGUGCCUGGGGAACUGCAUGGAGGUGCCCUACGCCGCGCCUCCCCUUCUGAAGACGGACAUCGUGCAGGUGUUGCUGAGGCACGCGGGCAGUGACGCGCAGAAGACGGCCGUGCAGCUGAACGCGGGGAUCGCCCUGGCGAAGCUGUGCACGGCCGAGCCCAGAAUUCAACCUCUAGCUGGAAGACUUGGAAGAUUGCUGUGAGAAGUUUUGUGGACAGCAAAAGAGAAUUCGGUGUAGACAGAAGGUGUUUAUGAACCUCACUCUAAGGAAGGCACACUCUUGAGUUUGUGCCUGGCCCUGUCCUCAGGAGCACGUGGGUGAGUCACCACAGCGACCGUGACUUCCCUUCGGUCAUGGCAUUCCCUUUUCGAGGUCCCAAGCCCCUGGGUCUCCUGCUCCUCAGUGAAGAACAUGGCCAUGACCACAGUUGUCCUUCAUAGCAGCCCUAGGAUGUGGAACAUGACAGUCGCCUCUACACUUUCUCUGAGCAAAUCUAGACCAAAGGCCUCAUUCAAGGUCCCACCCAGACAGUCCUGGCAUUUCUAGCAGCGCCCUCAGCCUGUGGGCUGCCCCUGCGCAUGUCCCCCACAGGGAAGUACUUCUAACUCCCUCAAAAGGGCUUCUAUGGCUCACUUCAUGCCAAUGACGCCCCAUUAUGUACCAUUCGAGGCCAAGGAAAGAGAAGCUCAGAGACUCCAUGUCUUGUCCAGAAUUUCCCAAGGAAAUCAUGACUGAGCCAGGCCCCGAAUCCAGCCUUUGCCUUGAACCUCACUGCCCGCUGCCCAGCCCUGCCUCUCCUCUCGUUAACUUUCUGGCCCAAGCUGCAGCACAGGGAGGUGGCCAGUCCUCACUUGCUCCCUGAGCAUGAAGGGGAAAGUGAAACCCUAACCCCUUUAAGGUUUUAUCUGAAAGCCCCGCUAAUCCAUCAGCGGGCAGUUAGAUAACAGCUUAAGUCUCCCCCCUGCAAAGGAUUACCUCCGCAGCCGAUCUGGAGCCACGCAGCACCGGAGGCGUGGGACGGCAGUGGGCUCAGGCCAGGGCACCUUCUCCGGGAUGGUGCCUGCAUUUCCAGAGACUGCUGUCCACCCUCAGAUGGUGGGGAGCCCAGAGCUGUCCUUCCAUUAAGCGGCUCCUCAGCCAAGGUCAUUUAAGUGGCAUCUUAAUCCUGAAAAGCUCC